AUGUCGCUGUCUGCGUCUAACUCGACAUUCUGGGAUACUUUACCGUCAACCGCCUCUACAUCAACCAUUGAUAGCGACUCGGACCCGGAACGCAUCGUAUCUGUGCUAGGUUUCCGCAAGACCACAAACGGAGUGACCAACAAAUGGAAUGACACGAUACUGCACCUUCGACCAGCUCUGAAAGCUGUUCACAAAGCUGCUGAAAAACCCAGCAUGCGUCCGUGGCAGGCGCUAGUCAAGGCUGGUGUUGCAGAACAGCUCUGCCUUGGGAUACUUGAGUAUGACAGAUCAACCAUCAAACCAGAUUCUAGAGACAGCGUUCCGUUCAGUCCUACCCACCCAUCUGGGUAUGACGAGCACCUCGAUGGCAACGCGCCGUGGUCUCUUCCACUGAUAAUAUUGUUCGAUGCACUCACCCUGGACGAGGCGUCUGGUCUGCCGACUGGUGAAACUGUUCAGGUGAUUAAAGAGUUGAGGAAGUACUGGACGAGGAUCAUGGAAAAAGUUUGGGAUGAAACGGAAAAUGUAACACAUUCCGUUCGGGAGCUGGCAACCCUGGCCGGACUUAUCGCGAGGGUCGCAGACUUUGAUCCCAGCGUAAUACUCGCUAUGGAUAUCCCAACCGAUCUGACUCUUUCCAUCCUAGCACGAGGCUGGCGACAUGCUCAUGGUCCGGAAUGGAUCGUUUAUGUCGCCGCAUUGAGCAGAUACUUUAGGGCUCUCAACUUCUUGCCUUGCUAUGGAGAGUUCGAAGGGCGUCCGAGAGAUGCGCCUUCCAUCCUUGGUCGCCUACUCAAAGGACUCAAAGGCUUCCCGUUCGAAUCGAUGCAUCAGCUCAUGCUGCGUCUCUCAAAAGGUGUCUUUUUCCAGUCAGACGAACGCUAUAUCAAUCACGGCAUAGCCUACCUCUUGGACAUGAUGAUCUAUCAUGACCCUGAGAAACUCAAAAAGACGACAGAGUACAAGUCCUUAUACCGGGCAACCCAUCUUUCGCCCAGUCUCUGGGAGUUACAGUUCAAGCAAGUCAGAGAACGGAAUAUUGUGGGGGCCGUGCCACCUGAGGAGGACAUGACGCUCGGUACGAUUAGGGGAUACGGAAAUGUCCUGAGCACCUCGGGCUCCGAGCGAGACCAGAAGCACCUAGUUUUAGCUUGGAUCAAUGGUGGUCUUUUGGAGACGCAGGAGUGGUUGGUGACUACGGCCACUCGAAAUGGUGUGGACCGGCCGGGGUGGAUAGCCACGAUAGGUGAGAUGGGAACGACCUUCAAGUUCAUUAAUCAGGCCCUCAAUGACAACCGAACCGCCACUCUCGAAGCGCUUUACCCUAACCUUCCUCGUCCCCGCCUCCUUCGCUCUCUCCUCGAUCUCGACCUUUCCACCCGAGAGAACACGUCUCCAUCCCCCGGAAAAAGCAUCACGUUCCCUCUCUGCGGCGGCAAGCGUGUCAAUGUUGCUCAUCACUUGCACUCGUCAUGGAUCAGCUGUUCCUUCUCCAAAACCAACGAUUCUCGAGAGCCGAAUGUGGGAAGAGAGGGUGUCCUGCGAACGGUGUAUCGCAGUGUAGCGCGUGCAAGACGGUCAAGUACUGUACGGCGAAAUGCCAGAAGGAUGAUUGGUCAGAGCAUAAGCUCGUUUGCGGCCUGCGUGUUUGGAUGGACGACCGUGAGUUGGGAACGGCUGAAGAUCUGAGUCGUAUGGAGCGCGAAGGGUGGCCGUUUACGGAGUAUCGGUGUGGCACUGUUCGUUUCGUGGUUCCUGGGAAGCGCAAACGUUGACGCAUAUGUUAUCUUACUCGGACUGGUAUGAUACGUAGACGAUGUUCCGUGAAGUUCCUAGUUCCAAGAUCUAUUCGCUCUGCACUCUCUGUAUGUAACAAUGCUCUGUAACGGCCAAGAAUACGGCCUAAUUGUAUUGUCAAGUUGUUUUUCUUGAUGUCAAAUACGAUGUAUCAC